GGUGAAUUGGUGUGUGGUCUCUGAAGAGGGGAAGUUUCCUUUGUUUCGUUUUCACUCGAAAGUCCCAAACAACCCUCUUUUUUGAUGGCUCAGCAGUUUCAGGUGCUGAGAUGCUGUUCCUGUAAUAUCUUCCAAGUGCAGCAGGUUAAAAAAAGCAAAAAAUGGAACUGCAAAAUAUGUGAUGAAAAGCAGUCAAUUCUAAGGGUUUUUGGUCAGGGCUCUGGGGCUGAUUGCAGACACCACGUACAGAAGCUAAAUUUGCUGCAAGGAGAACAGGAUCAGUCAUCUGCAGGCAAACUUAGGUGUAAAGAAGAAUCAGGGCAAAUAAGUGAUGAGAAUAUGGCUGCUAACAUCAAGGAAAAAACAGGCUGGCAGGAUAUGAGACAUUUAGCCAUGGUUAAUGUAAAAAGCUGUAGAGAUGAUUUAUCUGACAGUAUAAUUCCUGUGACUGAAGACUAUGUGCUACGAAGAAAUAAUCAACAGCCAGAAUCAAAACUAACUGGACUUUCAAAAUGGAAUAAAUUCCUUUUAUCUGACAAGAGUUAUAAUAUUGACACAACAGGUGGAAGGCAAAGGACAUCAGACAAAACACCUGCUGCAGGCACAAGUGAUGAAAGAGCCACCACUUCUGGUGGUGGGUGUGGUAGCUGGCAUCUCAAACCACAACAGAAUGUAUUAACCUGCUUUGACAGAGCAAAAGAGGUUUCCAUCUCUGAUCACCUUGGGAAAAUCAACAAAUACUCUACAGGUUUGGCUACUUGUCCAGAUAAGGCACAACCUGCAGAAUUUACCACUUCUUCAGGGUUCUCUGCUCCUGUUAAAUCAAACAGCCUUUAUGGAAGCCUUUUUUCCACAGAAGAGGAUUUUGAUGAUGAUAUUUAAGGCUCUACAUUGGGAUCUGCUGAUUUUCCAGUUAGAUGGUUUAAAAUAAUAGCAAUAUGGCCUGCAUUUAAAAUUACUCAGUGUUGAAUAAUGAAGUGGAUUAUAUUCUGGUCAUAUUAUUUUAGGCUUUAAUGAUUUGUGGAACUAUGCUGUAUGCCAAAAUUAUCAAAAAUAUUGUUAAUGGGUCUGCUAUUAUUGAUACAAGAGGCAUGGAAAACAUUUCAAAGGCUUUCUACAAAAAUCAACUUUUGGGACAGGUGAUAGCUUAGAAAAGCUAACACUAUUAUUGGUAUCUAUUUUCUUUAAUAAAUUGAUAUACCUGUAAUUAAACAAAUUUCUUAUAACUAAAAUAAAA